GACUCCGGACCUUGUAGUCCAUAGCGCCUUCCUUCUUCUCCGGUGCUGCGGUGCUGAGACGCUGGUAGAACUACCAAUCCCGAAGGGCAAUGCUCGUCCCACACCCGCGCGCAAUCGGGGGCAGCCAGCUGGGCUGGAGUGGGUGGGACCCGGAGGACUACGGGGAUGGCUUCAGAGCCCCCGAGAUUUAAAUCGCAGGAGCACACUCCGGCACGUUCCAGCAGAUCCUCAAGAGGAAGUCCUCCGUUGAACAGAGGCAUUAAAAUUCUGACCACCUCAGUUAAUUUGGAUCAUAAACAAUCAAAUGAAUGGAAGCAACUGUGGUCUUGGUUACCCACGAGGAUAAUUAACUAAAACAUCAAGCUAUGCAGAAUAACUCCAAAAGGAACAACAAUUCAGGAGUUUCUGACACAGAAUUGAACUCUGUGGAUCCUGAAGAGAGUCAAAAUAACUAUUUUGAAAGGCUGCCUCUAGAAGUUACUUUACGUAUUUUCAGCUGGCUGGACGUUCAGAGUUUGUGCAGGGCUUCAAUGACGUGCUGGAGCUGGAAUGACAAAAUAAGAGUCGAUGACUCCUUAUGGAAACCUCAUUGCUUGGCUAUAAGAGCUGUGUGCAAAAAAGAAAUAGAUGAUGAUCUAAAAAGUGGUUAUUCCUGGAGGGAUACACUUCUGAGGAAUUACAAGAAGAGUAAAGUGAAGCUUGAAUGGCUAAGUGGCAGAUACAGCAAUAUAUGUUCUCCUAUUAACCUGCCAGAAAAAAUCAUGUACCCGAUGGAUGCAGAAACGUGGGGAGAAAUUCUAGAAGCGGAACUGAAAAGAUGCAAAAAUCACAAAGAUAUCAUAGCUUUGAGAGUUUAAAACUAGUAUGAUUCUAAGGUGGCAAAAUGUAUGUUUUUAUCCAUUAUUUUUUUGUUCACCUUUUAAAAUAUUUAACAUUUAAAAGAAAACUUAAGUAGAAAAUAUUAUAAAAGUAAAGCUUUAUUUUUACUUGGCACUUUAGUAAAGAAUAUUUUUCUGGUUUUAUAAGGGGAAAAAUCAUGAAAUGUUUUUUUAUAUAAGAAAUAAUAUACCAGUGGAGUGAUUCCAAAAUGUAUUGUUUCUUGUAUUUGUGUUAGUGUAUUGUGGUACACUAAUGAUAAUAGAGUUUGGUAUUUUUUGCUUAAUGAUAAUUCGAAAAUUCAGGAAACCAUUUGAAGAAACUGUCUUAGCAAUUCAUUAAAUAGUAGGCAUAACUAGGCUCAUGGGAAGAUUACCUCAAUGAAAUUAAUAGCAAUAUGUUUAAAUGUAUACAAGUUUAUAUUUCAAAAGCUUUAAAAUUUCCAUUUCAGUGAAAUCAGAUUGAAUUGUCAAACAUUGAAACCAUUUUAAAACGUACUAAACUUGUGGUUUAGUUUCAAAUUAAUCGGACCAUAGGGCUAAAACUUGUGAGAUUAAGGUUCUCAUUACUUGCCUACAGACCUAGAAUUGCCCUCAGGGACUGAAACAAACUGAACUGCCAUUCUAUUUUUCUUAGCAAAACUCUGAUUCUUACAGCCUUGUAGCACCAUCUAGUGUUGUACACUAUUGAUAACCAAGACAAAGGACUUAGCUUUUUGUUUCUCCAUAUUUAAAGAUUUUGUUUAUUUAUUUUUAGAGAGCAGGGAAAGGAGGAAGAGAACGAGAGAACAUCAAUGUGUGGUUGCCUCUCACAUGCCCCCU